UCUACUGUUGAAUAGUAGCUGAGAAGCAGAUUCCAUUCACGUGCCUAAUUUGUCAAUCCAUUUUCAUCCAAGUAUAUCCAAUUCAACAUAUUUGCAGGCUAUAAAUGAGUUGAAAGAUCUCCUUUUUCUUUUCAGGCAAGAAGAAAAUUAAGCAAAGAAAGAUCCAAGAACAAGAACACUAAUGGCUGACGAGUCAUGGAGGACGCCGGCGAUAGUGCAAGAGCUGGCGGCGGCCGGCGUCGAGGAGCCACCGAGUCGGUACGUGCUUGGGGAGAAAGACCGUUCUGACGAGCUGGUCGCCGCCGAGCUGCCGGAGCCCAUCCCCGUCGUUGAUCUCAGCCGGCUAGCCGGCGCCGACGAGGCUGCCAAGCUCAGGGCGGCUCUGCAGAAUUGGGGCUUCUUCCUGCUUACCAACCAUGGAGUAGAAACCUCUCUGAUGGAUGAUGUGUUGAACUUGGCAAGAGAGUUCUUCAACCAACCGAUCGAACGGAAGCGAAAAUUCAGCAACUUGAUCGACGGCAAGAACUUCCAGGUGGAAGGGUAUGGAACUGACCGGGUGGUAACCCAAGAUCAGAUCCUGGACUGGUCUGAUCGGCUGUUUCUCAGAGUUGAACCCAAGGAGGAGCGAAAUCUUGCCUUCUGGCCUGACCAUCCUGAAUCUUUCAGGGAUGUUCUGAACGAGUACGCAUCAAGAACCAAAAGAAUAAGAGACGAUAUCGUUCAGGCUAUGUCCAAGCUUCUUGGGCUUGAUGAGGAUUACUUCUUCGACCGACUCAACAAAGCUCCUGCACUUGCAAGAUUCAACUACUACCCUCCCUGUCCAAGGCCUGACCUUGUGUUCGGCGUCAGGCCUCACUCCGACGGCUCCCUCUUUACGAUUCUUCUCGUCGACGAAGAUGUCGGUGGCCUGCAAAUUCAGAGGGAUGGCAAGUGGUACAAUGUUCAGGUCACUCCCAACACAUUGCUGAUCAACUUAGGUGACACCAUGGAGGUAUUGUGCAAUGGCAUCUUCAGGAGCCCAGUGCACAGGGUGGUGACAAACGCCGAGAGGGAGAGGAUCUCACUGGCCAUGUUUUACAGUGUGAAUGAUGAGAAAGAUAUUGGGCCGGCGGCUGGUUUGCUGGAUGAGAAUCGGCCUGCAAGAUACAGGAAAGUGAGCGUCGGAGAGUUCAGGGCUGGGAUCAUUGGAAAAUUCUCUCGACGAGAGAGAUACAUCGACUCCCUGAAGAUCUGAUUUGUACUAGUAGCAUGAUUGUUGCAAGCUCAGCAGCUUUCAGUAGCAAGUAUUCCUGGGAAAAUAAAUAUGUUUUUUUCCUUGAGGGAAUUGCUAAAAGCAUGUCGCAAGUUUUUUUUAACAAAAAACUUUCAAAUGUAACUAUAAUAUUAUUAAUGGUAUUGUAAUUAGACAUUAUUAAUAUUAUAGUGUUAUUAUAUUGUAAUUAUUGUAUAAUUGUAAUGUAAUUACACUAUUAACUACAUUGGAUAUGUUUUUUUUCCUACUUUUA